AGAUCCUGGAAAUGAACCGGAUGAUGACUCCUUCCUCUCGGCUGGUUGUUGUUGUUUUUGGGGCCAAGUCGGUGCACGGUAUCCACAACAUCUGGAAGUUUAUCCUUCUCCUCUGGUAAAAUGGUCUGACAGAUGCUGAUAACCUCUUGUCGCACAUCUUGAUUCUCCUUCUCGCCACACUCGCGGAGUUUCCGGUUCCAGCGGCGGGAGCAGCUCUCCAGCUGAUCUGGAGCAGCAUGGGUCGUUGGUGUCGGUCCGGCUUGAACUUGUUCUUGAGAGCCAGGCUUGGAGCUGCGUUUGGAGCGGCGGGACUCAAUACCUUACCUGCUCAGGUUGGACACUCCACCACAAGGCCACUAAGAGAGCUCGGCUGGAUCGGGAGCCGUGAUGAGAUACGGCUUCCCCUCGCUGGUCAACAUCAAAACCAGAGAGUCCUACGUCACGUCCUACGAUCCUCGCACACAUACGGCACAUGAGAGGCUGAAUCCUGCCGCCCUCACUGGCCAAUCGGACCGGAAGUACUGCCAGUUUAAAGAGGACGACAGAGCCACCAACACUGACUACAAGGGGAGUGGCUUUGACAGAGGUCACCUCGUUGCUACAGCCAAUCACAAGUGGAGUCAGAAAGCAAUGGAGGACACCUUCUACUUGAGCAGUGUGGCUCCACAGAACCCUCACUUGAACCAGAAAACUUGGAACAACCUGGAGAAGCUGUGUCGCUCUCUGACAAAGUGCUACCUCAAUGUCUACGUGUGCACCGGCCCACUCUACCAGCCCAGUGAUUUCCUCGAUUGCUGAACCGAGGAGGAUUCUCCUCAGAAACUAUCUGCUGAAGGACGUCAUCCCGGCUUGGAAAGACAAGACUGUUCUGAAAGCGGCAACCAACACAAAAAGGAAUAAGAAAUAAAAGAUGAGAGGAAUCCUUUUCAAAACAAGAGGAAAGUUGAAGGUUUGCCAUUUCUACUGCAGCAUUUGGACAGUGAAAUGUUUAAAGAACUGGACCUUACAGUACAAAACCAUAGUGCAUACAAUGGAAACAAGGUAAGAGACUCUUGCUGAUGCCUUCAGGGUCAUCUUUUACAGCAGAAUUGCUUUUGUGAAUGUUCUCUCCAGAAUUAUUCAUGUCAGUCUAUACCGACAUUACUUUCUUAUGCGAUUGAGUGCAAAUAUCAUUAUAAUUGACUAAUAAAAACCCACAUUUGCACUUUGAA